AAUGAUGUUCAAUUUGCCUAUUAUUUGCCAGUUAAAUGUUCAGUACAAUCCUUCUGGUAAUGUCAAGAUUCUCGCUGUGAAAUAGUCGCCAUCUUUGCGACUGAGUCGCAUCUCUUAAUUUGGCUCGUUGUAUGUUCCGCGCAGCUUUAUGUAGCGUCAAAGAAAAAAAUCAUUGAAAGUUGGUGUCGAAGCAAAGCGGUUCGACGAGACCGGAUAGCGUUCGAGCUGUACCAAGAGUGUAGCUCAGCAAAAGUGGGCGGAACGCAUGGUCUUACGCUCUUUUAGCCUCGCUGUAGUACGUGAUAAGAAAAUUUUUGCAUUUGAUAAGUGACACAUCGAAUUCCUGUUACUUGUUCAUGCAGUGAUAAUAUAUUAACUUAUAUAAUUUAUCAAUUGACCAUUUACCGGCGUAUGCUAUUAUAGUGUGUGUUUGUUCGAACAUCAUUUAGUGUAAGAAAAAUGAGUUAUCAACGUAACGCUAGCAAGAUUAUAGUGCCAGACGAAUUGCGGGACGUUCUGUUAGAGUUCACAAUUAGCUAUCUGUUGGAGCAACCAGUGGAUAUUAUCGACUAUGCCAUAGCUUUUUUUACGCAACUUCGGGAAAGCCGUCAAACUCAGUUGAUUCAAGACCCUGCGCAGACCACCACUUCUACGCCGGACGACUCUAUCGAUGAAGAACCACCAAUUACAAAGUUAGCAACAAGAAGGAAAAGCGUUUUCGCGGAAACCUACAAUCCGGAGGAAGAUGAAGAAGAUGAAGGACUCAAGAUUGUGCAUCCGAAAACUGACGCUCAACGAGAAAGAUUGGCUGACAGCAUAAAACAUAUUCUUCUCUUUCGAUCGCUAGAUGAGGAUCAAAUGACUGACGUGUUGGAUGCGAUGUUUGAAAAGAUCGUGAAAUCUGGAGAUAUAGUUAUCCGACAAGGUGAUGACGGUGACAAUUUCUAUGUUAUUGAGAGAGGAAAAUUCGAAGUAUACGUAAAAGAUCAAACAGAUAUGGAAUCCUUGAUACAUACAUAUGAUAACCGUGGUGCUUUCGGCGAGCUUGCACUCCUUUAUAAUAUGCCAAGAGCGGCCACUAUCAAGGCCAUCACGAAUGGUACAUUAUGGGCUAUGGAUAGGCAAACUUUUCGACGUAUUUUAUUGAAAUCCGCUUAUAAGAAGCGCAAGAUGUAUGAGGAUCUUAUCAAUAAGGUUCCGAUGCUUAAAUCUCUCGAGCCAUAUGAACGUAUGAAUCUAGCGGAUGCUCUAGUACCAAAACAUUAUUCAGAUGGCGAACAGAUCAUCAAACAAGGCGAUUCAGCCGAUGGAAUGUAUUUUGUCGAGGACGGUAUCGUUAAAAUCACCAUAAAAGGAGAUGAUGAUCGUGAGGUCGAGAUUAAUAGAGUUCCCGCUGGUGGAUACUUAGGCGAAUUGGCGCUGGUGACACAUAAACCUCGCGCUGCUUCGGCCUACGCUGUAGGCGAAGUAAAACUGGCCUUUUUGGACGUUGAAGCUUUUGAACGCUUACUUGGGCCUUGCAUGGAACUUAUGAAGCGUAAUAUCGAGGAUUAUGAAGAUCAGCUAAUCAAAAUCUUUGGUAGCAAAACUAAUAUUUCAGAUAUUCGAUGAACUAUUUGCGGAUAGUGAUAAAUUGCACUGCUGUACUAAAGAUAUGAUACUUUUGUACAGUAAUGUAAAAUGAGCACAAACUUGUACACCUACUUUAUGAAUCUCAUCCGCGUGUUUUCAAGUAUCAUCUCGAGUCGACUUUCGUAAUGACUAUUUACUUAGACGUGUACCAGUAAGAAUCGUCGUUAAUAGUUACCAAGUUUAUACCUAUGACACACAGUGAAGAGAUAACAAAAAAAGAAAAAAA